AUGUAUCGCAAUAUCAGCAACAUACUGCUCGUACUUUUCGCCGUGGUUCUUAUUCUACCGGCAUUUCAAGGCGAGGGGUUUUCGCUUGGACUUUACACUGAUUUUCACUGCUACAGUUUUCUUGAUCAGGCGGCAAAUCUACUUUGCAAACUCCACGGAUCUCAGCAUCCUGGUGGUAAGAUUCCUAAAACGUGCCAGGUGACAUGCCUUCAACCUUACCAGAAGCUGGGGUUUCCAGGGGCAGUAUGUCCCGUCGGUGGCUUGAAAUGCGAUGAAGAUUCGAAAGCAAUUGUCAAUAAAUGGACUGCCGAAUUGCAGAAGAGGAAAACUAUGAUUUGUGGAUGA